AUGUACCGUUCUAACAGAAAUCCAAAGGUGAGCACAUUAAUGUCGACCAUGGAUAUGACUGCUCCAAAUUUAAUGCCAAUAUUUAUUUUUGUCUUGAAUCUCGUAGAAAUGAUCGACUUUGAAGAGCAAUCGCUGAAAAUAGCAGGCAGGAUUAAAGUGAUAUUUGCCCCAAACAAAUGUGUGGGUUCAGUGCUUUUGAUGCGGACCGUGUUACUUAUUAAAGGAGGCCGUAAAUCAGCAAGCCUUACUUCAAACCCAAUUUUGGAAAGAGGAAAUCAGUUGCAAAAUUUCUUUUUAUUAGCAGUAAAAGAUAAACCUGCCUUUGCUAACGUCAUCCACCUCAAAUGGACCAAAGAAGCAACUUACAGGUUUUUUUGGCCCCAUUCACCAAUUUUGCAGGUUAUGCCUGAGAAUGUUAUUUUUUGGGAAUUAGUUGGUGCUCACAACUUUAAGUCCUUCCCACAUUCAACUUCCCUUAGGGAAGUUGGCGUCCAGAACGAAUUAUUGGAGAAAAAUUAUCAUUUACUUUUCCAUAAGAAAGAAAUUUACCGACCAUUUGAGUUCCUCGAACCAACACAUCAUGGAUUACUAGUGCCACAAUGGUCAGAAAAUGGGCACAUGGAUUUGCAAAAGUUCAAAACAGAAGAUUCAAAGAAGAAUAGCAACUAUUUUACGGCUAAACUUCUCUUUGUCCAAAAAUAUCAAAUAAUCUUGGCUCAAAAGAUUGUGUCCAAUGGAUUUGAAACUACAAGGUUAUUAAACAAGUCUAAAAUUAACGAUUGCAACCUCUUCUUUCCAAAAUGUACAAUUCAUAUUCUUCUGCGUAGUUUUGUUGGUGACAUUAAAAGAAAUCCACACUUAUUUGUUCUACAAGUCAGGCAUAAUCGUGAGAUACUCGAAAAGAACUUUUCUGGAGAUAUCUACAUUACAUUUACAGUAUUGCCCAGUGUUAAAUGCCCCAUUUACUAUGUCACCUUAAAAUUACAAAAAAUGAAGAAUAGUUACCUAAUCAUUAGUCAUGAAUCUGGUGGUGACACUUAA